AUGGCCUUUCCUCGGAGACCGCAGGUGCUUUCCCUCUGCCUCCUCCUUCUCUUCGCCGCCACCGCCGCAAACGCCCUUCACUUCUACCUCGACACGAACGAGAAGCGAUGUUUCAUUGAAGAGCUCCCGACCGACACCGUAGUCGAAGGGCACUACACGGCCCUGGAGUGGUCAGAGUCAGAGCAGAAGUAUGUGGACAACGCCAAUCUCGGAAUCCUCGUUGAGGUCGACGAGAUCGAGACGGGGCACAAUGUCGUGAAGACCCGCGGGCCGUCCGACAGCCGCUUCACGUUUACCUCGCACGACUCGGGCGACCACUCCAUAUGCCUUUCGUCCAACUACGGUACCUCCUGGUUCACGAACUCGCACAUCCGCCUCCACCUCGACAUCGUCAUCGGCACCACCAAGACAAACGAGGAGCACGACCGCUCGCACGUCUCGGAGCUCUCCCAGAAGCUUCGCGACCUGAACAUGAAGCUCGAGGACAUCCGUCGUGAGCAGCAGUACCAGCGCGAGCGCGAGUCCGCGUUCCGCGACCUCUCCGAGGUCACCAACUCACGCACGGUGUGGUACACGGUCGCACAGAUCGGCGUGCUAAUCGCGACGUGCAUAUGGCAGAUGAGGCAUCUCAAGAAAUUCUUCGAGGAGAGGAAAAUGCACUAG